UCCUUGUCAGUUCCUCGCCGCUUGACGUUCGCGAAAUCAAAAGGAUGACCCGCUGAGGAUGCCUUCGUGACCCUGGUGGUCGGAUGAUCCGGAAAAGAAGAUGAGUCCGACGCCCGUGGAGGAGGACACAUCGGAGGAGCAACAGCCAACGCGCCAGACGGUCUGUGAGACUCUUCGCCACGCAGCUAAUUGGAAGUGCUUCAUACUUACUUUGCUCAUCGUGUUCUGUCUCGCCGCCAUCACCUGGUGCAGGCUGACUCAGGUGACCAAAACGAUCGUGAACUUCUCAACGUUCCCCAUAACGAGGAAGCGACACCUCAGCCCAUGUGAGGACGGCUACUUGUACAUACCUGUGGCCUUUUUGGCGAUGCUCUACCUCGUCUACCUGGUCGAGUGCUUCCACUGCCCCACUAGAACACAGAUAACCCACACCACGCCCGCCGCCCACGUUUUAGCAAUGAUUGAGGCCAUGAGGACUGCCCAGCCCGUUAUAUGGUGGAAGGCCAUGUGUUACCACUACGUACGAAGAUCCAGACACGUAACUCGGUACCGUAAUGGGGACGCUUAUACGAGUACACAGUCUGAAUAUGCAUUGUGUGAUAGCUAA